AUGUCCACGGCGAUUCGACACGCAUGCGAUAGGGACGCCGGAUCUCGACUGUCGACGCCCCGUCCGCCCAGUCACCGAGGUGGGAACGGGGGUGGAGGCGGAGGGAGGAAGCGGGCCUUGUCUUCGUCCCCGUACUCGGAUUCCCUCGACCUCAAUGCCAUGAUCCGAUUCUCGCCUAAUUCCCUCGUCUCCUUCAUGAAUGGCUCCCGGUCGUCUUCCGGCUCGGGGUCUUAUGGACAUCUCUCGGGGCACCUGAGUCCGGCGUACGGGAUCCCUCCCGGCGUGGGAAUGGGAAGCAUCAGCCACCUCCAGCAGCUGCACCAGCUGAUGAGGACGGGGAGCCUGCCUGGCUCCCCCCACGCGUUCCUGUCCCACGCCCACCCGCUCCUGGCGCCCCACUCCCCGGCGCUCUCCCAGCCGAGCCUCUUCCUCGCCCCCACCCACAUGCCCUGCUCCCCGCAACUCAAGGCGGAGGUGGAGCCGAUGAAAGAGUCGCCCUCGAUGGUGACAUCGACCGUGGACUCGGACGACGCGACGAAGACCUCCUCCAAGGUGAAGAAGGAGGCGACGAGCACGACGUCCAUGACCGACUCCGGCGGGGGGUCGCCGGGCGCCGGCGACAAGGACACGGAGGAGCCCGGCGACUUCGUCGAGACCAAUUGCCACUGGAAGGAAUGCUCCAGGGAGUUCCCAACCCAGGACGACCUCGUCAAGCAUAUCAACAACGACCACAUCCACGCGAACAAGAAGUCCUUCGUCUGCCGUUGGCGGGACUGCUCCAGGGAGGAGAAGCCCUUCAAGGCCCAGUACAUGCUGGUCGUGCACAUGAGGAGGCACACGGGGGAGAAGCCUCACAAGUGCACGUUCGAGGGAUGCUACAAGGCGUAUUCCCGGCUGGAGAACCUGAAGACCCACCUCCGGUCCCACACGGGCGAGAAGCCGUACAUGUGCGAGUUCCCCGGCUGCACCAAGGCCUUCAGCAACGCCUCCGACAGGGCCAAGCACCAGAACCGGACUCACUCCAACGAGAAACCGUACGUGUGCAAGGCCCCCGGCUGCACGAAGCGCUACACGGACCCGAGCAGCCUCCGGAAGCACGUGAAGACCGUGCACGGAGCGGACUUCUACGCGAGCAAGAAGCACAAGGGGAACGACCACCCCGGCUACAACGGCGGGGCGGGGACCCCCCGCCCCGGGGAGCUGGGGGAGAAGGGACCCGAGCCCAGCCCCGCGCUAUCGGACCUCAAGCCCACCAGCAUCUCAAGUCCCAGCAUGAAGUCGGAGGAGGCGACCUCCCCCGGCACCCAAGGGAGCCCUGGCCUGGACUUCGGAGGCGGCGUCGGCGGCGACAUCGGGAGCGACUCGGCCCAGCCCAUCAGCGACAACCUCGUCUCCACCACCGACGGACUCGGCGACGAAUGGGACCUCCCGGAGCCAAACGACAUCGAGGUUCGCGCCUUUCCUCCCUUCGACCGUCCCCCGAAUCUCUCGCAACCGUUUCCCGCACAGGUGUUUGAACCCGCACAGGUGCCCGAGUUCGCCGCGGUCACGUCGACUGCGAUGGUUUCCUGCGGAGGGGACGAAGUCAACUCCAACCUGGUCGACCUCAACGCCCGGAAUCGCUUCAAGUCCCGACUCCAGACCAAAGCCUGCAUGCCGCCUGUUCCUUCCGGCGGAGGAAUGAACCGCCGCAUGGGCGUGAUGGGCGACCUGAACCGCCGCAUCACCGACCUCCGCAUGGGCCCCGCGAACCCCGCCCAGCAGCGCAAGUCCUUCCCCUCGGAUCUCAGCCGGACCCAGACCCUCCUCCAGGGUACGAACCGGAGGGACAGCGGGAACUCGACGGUGAGCUCUUGCUACGGCAGCAUGCGGUCGUCUGGGGCUUCGCAGCUGUCGAGCAGGCGGAACAGUGACGGCUCCAUGGCAUCGGGCCACGCGAUGGGCAGCGGCGUCCAAGGCAUGAGCAUGAUGGGGACCACGAUGGGUAUGACCGGUCAGGGGAUGACCCCGAGCCAACGGUCCUACAUGACGGCCUCGCCCUACGACCCCAUCAGCCCCGGGAGCUCGCGACGGAGCAGCGUCGCGACCCAGUCCUCCGUCUCGGGGAGGAAGUCUGUCACGCCCUUUGGGAACAUGCAGUGUCAGGGUCAGGUGAUGGGAAUGGGAAUGGGGAUGGGCGUGGGCGUGGGCGUGGGGAUGAUGGGGCAGGGACAGGGACAGGGCCAGGGACAGGUGAUGACCCGGCGGGCUUCCGACCCCGUGAGGACGCUCGAUCGAAACUUUGGGGUUCCCCAGCAGGCGCCCACUCUCACUCGGCAUAACAGCUACUCCAGCUUCGGCAACGUCAUGCCCGGGUUCCGAAAAGAUGAUACCUCGAUGGCGAACUCCUAUCUCUGUCAGGAGCAGAAACGCCCAGCAUCACAGGCCAUGGCAUUCUCCCCUGCCACCCCAGCGAUGCCCGCCAGCCCUGGUUACUCGCAUCAAUCCAUGCCUAGUCCCUACCUGAACACAAACGUCCCCGCCAGCCCCUACAACGCCAGCAACGGCAACACCCAACCUUCCCCGUACAACAACCCCCAACCCUCCCCGUACAGCAACCCCCAACCGUCUCCCUACGCGAAUGCACCCAGCCCCUACCCGCCUCAGCCGUUCAACCCGGUCUAUCCCGGCACCAUGAUGGUACCGAACACCGGCAUGCCCCUCAACAACGGCACUCCGGUCCCACCCACCAACCCCAGUCAAAACUGGGCGUCUCAGCAAUCCUACUCCGUCUUCGCCUGCGGCCACCCGGGAGCGAACGGCCUGCGCUACCAAGCCUACCAACAGCCCUGCCCCGACUGCCAGAAGAAGACCAUGACCCAGCGCCCCAACGGCUUCAUGAUGCACCAGGCCUACCCCAACGUGAACCUCCCCGACCAAGACGCGACCGUCGUCCAACAGCAACUCUGCUACCCCCAGCAGCAGAUGAACUGGACCGCCGCCCAGCCGAUGGGCGGCAACGGCUACCCUCAGCAGGCGUCUUCGAUGCCCCCUCCCCAGCAGUGCCCCGGCACCAACGCCAAGUUACCGAUGCGAUCGGACGCGUAUCAACGGACUCUGGAAUACGUGCAGCAGUGCCAAACGUGGCGACAGCAGGGAACGGAAAACGGGGAGGCCCAGGCCCAGUUGAUGGCAACUGGCCCGGUGGACCACAACUCGUCGAUGAACAUGCAACUGGUCGACGAGAACAAGUGCCUGCCCGUCAUGCAGUGA